AUGCACAACACUUCUCCUGGCACACACAGCCUCACCGGCUAUGCACAACACUUCUCCUGGGAGGACAAGGGCAGUGAGCGAGUGUAUCAGGCUGUGCUGAUCAUCAGUAGAGUGUCUCAUCAGGACCUUCAGACACACUUCAGAUGUUUGGCCGACAACCUGGUGGAAUGGAACUCUGUCAUCAUCACACUUAAAGUAGAGGAGUCCCUCCCGUCUGUGGUCCUGGUGUGUGUGUGUGUGCUGCUGUUCCUCCUCUUGGUUGCCAUGGCAGUGAAGUGGUUUGCUAUCGAUGUGGCUCUUCUCUUCCGACGUGCUCGAAGGAUUGAAGGUAAAACUCUUUGUGUGUGUGUGUGUUGUGUGUGUGUGUGUGUUUCAGACGGUAAGGUGUAUGACGCUUAUGUGGUGUAUCCGCGAGAGUGUGUGUGUGAGAACGCUCUCUCAGUGUUUCUCAGCUUCACUCUGCCUGCGGUUCUGGAAGAUCAGUGUGGAUACAAACUCUUCAUCCACGGCAGAGACGACCUACCUGGGGAAGACCAGGCAGAGCAGGUGGAACGGUGCAUGCGCCUCAGCCGGCGACUGCUGGUUGUCAUGACAGCAGUGGGGUCGUGUGGGGGUAAGGGGGUGGCCCCACCCCUGGAGGAAUUUGAUUGGCAGAUGGGGGUUCACAGUGCUCUGGUACAGGAAACCAUCAGUGUCAUCGUGGUGCAGGUGGGGGAUGGGCACACACACACACAGUCACAAAAUCUCACACACACUCAACUGCGCACACACACACAAUCAGAUACGCACACACAGUCAGAAAGUCUCUCACACACACAGCCCCCCCCUGGCCUGCAGCUGCUGCUGAGGAAGAGCGCCCCCAUCAGGUGGGAGUUGGGAGCGCGAGGAGCAAACUCCCCCACCUCACGCAUCUGGAAGAGAGUCCGCUACAUGAUGCCACCCCCACCACCAUCACCCCCCCACACCAGGGGCCAGAGACUAAACACCAUCCAGCUCAUCUAGAGAUCUACACACACACCACCAUCCAACUC